AUAAUAAUAAUAAUAAUAAUAAUAAUAAUAAUAAUAAUAAUAAUAAAAUUGUUGGUUUUUCAAAUAAUAAUAAUAAUAAUAAUAAUAAUAAUAAUAAUGGUAAUAAUGGUAUUUUAAAUUUUAAAUUAUCAUUUUCAGUUGAAGAUUCUGGAGUUGGUAUUAAAGAAGAAGUUUUAGAUUGUUUAUUUACACCAUUUCAUCAAUUAGGUGGAUCACCAAGAAAAUAUUUAGGUACUGGAUUGGGAUUAUCAAUUUCAAAGAAGUUAACAACAUUGAUGGGUGGUGAAAUUGGGGUUAAAAGUGUUUAUGGUGUUGGUUCAGCAUUUUCAUUUACAUCAAUACUUUCAACUACUUCAACAACUCCAAUUUCAUUACAAUCAUUGGGUUCUUCAUUAUCAAUUGCAUUAAAUAAUUUAUCACCAACAAUACCUAAAAUAAGUGGUUUCAUUUAUGAUGAUAAUAUUCAUACUUCAAAUUCAUUAUUUAAUUUCUUAAAAUUAAUGAAUAUAAAUUUAAAAAUUAUUAAUCCAAUUAUAAAUAAUAAUAAUAAUAAUAAUAAUAAUAAUAAUAAUAAUAAUAAUAAUAAUAAUAAUAAUAAUAAUAAUAAUAAUAAUAACAAUAAUGAUAAUAAUAAUAAUAAUAAUAACAAUAAUGAUAAUAAUAUUGAUCAACAACAAUUAAAAUUUGAAUUUGAAAAUGAAAUUGAUAAAUAUUGUAAUGUUGAAGAUGAUAAUAAUAAUGUAAUAUUAAUAAUAACUAAUCAAUUAUCAAAUGAUAAUUUAAAUUAUUUUAAAGAUAAAAUUAAUCAAUUAAAUAAUUCAAUUUAUUGGUUUGUAUUAUGUGAUAAUGGAUUAAAAGCAAUUGACCCAUUUUAUUAUGGAAUUGUAAAGAAACCAAAUAACCUUUUAAAUUUAGUUGAUACGGUUUUCAAAGUUUACAAUUGUCAAUUACCACAAGAUUUAUAUCAGUUACUUACAAAUGGUUCAAAAGAUGAUUAUAAAAAUUAUUUAAAAUAUAGAAAUGUAGUUAUUAAAAAGAUUACUGAAGAUAAUGAAAAGAAACAGCAACAACAACAGCAGCAACAACAACAAAUGGGAGAUACAUUAUCAAGUACAAAAUCACCACAAUAUACAAAUUUACCACCACUUGAUAUAAGUAGUAGUUCAAAUGGUUCAUUAAAUAAAUCAAAUAGAUCAAAUCUUUUACGUAAAAGUUCGAGUGUUUAUAGUGAUCAUGUUGCAAUUACAAGAGGUAUGGUUCAAGUUAAUAGAUCACCACGUCCAUCAACACCACCACCUUUAUUCAAUUUAAAAGGUAAUAAUAGUAAUCCCAAUAGUACUGAAUUGAAUAGUACAAAUAGUGUAAAUGGAAAUCCUAAUAAUGAUUCAACUUUGGAAACUAUUGAACCUUUAAAUAUUAGUGAAACUGUUGGUGAUCUUUGUUCAAGUGGUAGUGUUAUCAAUAAUAGUAAUUUCAUUAUUAAUAAUAAUUUCUUAACAAGUUCACCAUAUGGUAGUUGUUUAACUCCAAAUAGUGGUACUACUUCACCUUCAAUCCCAAUUAAUAUUAAUAAUAAUGAUAAUAAUAAUAAUAAUAAUAAUAAUAAUAAUAAUAAUAAUAAUAAUAAUAAUAAUAAUAAUAAUAAUAAUAAUAAUAAUAAUAAUAAUAAUAAUAAUAGUUUUAAAAAAUUAGAACCUGAUAAUUUUUCACCACCACCAUCAAUAUUAAUAAAUGAUAAUAAUAUAAUACCAGCUCUUAAUGUAACAACACCAAUUACAAUAUCAACAUCAACAUCGUCAUCGUCAUCAUUAUUAAUAAAUAAUGAAAUAAAUAAUAAAAGUACAACAAGUAAAAGACCAUCAUUUAUUCCACCUUUAGAUAUUCAAUCAAAAAAAUUAAUAAUCAAUACUGCUGAUGAAAAUCAUAAAAAUAAUUGCAUUAUUGAUUUUGAACAAAUUUUUGGACAAGAUGGAAAACAACAACCACAACAACAACAACAACAACAACAACAACAACAACAACAACAACAACAACAACAACAACAACAACAACAACAACAACAACAACAACAACAACAACAACAACAACAACAACAACAACAAAAAUUAAAUAUUGGUAAUCAACAACAACAACAAAUUUUGUCAUCACCAAGGUUACAAAGUCAAUUAUUAAGUAAUUGUGAUAGUUUAGGUAAUACACCACCAGUUACUCCACAUAGAAGAAAUGCAUUGAUUGUUGAUGAUACUGAACUGAAUAGAAAAGUUUUGGCUCAAUUAUUAAGAAGAAUGGAUUGGUCCGUUUCAUUUGCAGAAAAUGGUAUAGAAGCAUUAAAAGAGAUCACAAGUGAAAGAUGUUUCGAUAUUAUUUUUAUGGAUUGUCAAAUGCCAAUUCUUGAUGGUUUUGAAACAACUAAACUUUUAAGAUUACGGGAACUUGAAAACAAUUGGAAACCUUUAAAUAUUGUUGCUCUUUCUGCUGAUUCUUCCUCUUCUUUUGGUCAAGUUUGCUUUGAUUGUGGUAUGAAUGGUUAUUUAGGUAAACCAAUCACUUUGAUAACUCUAAAAGAUACCCUUUUAAAAUGGGGUGGAUAUAGAGAUUAA